CUAUAAAAUGUGAAAAUUCGGAGAAAUUCGAAAUGAAUGAUUAUAAACCCCGCCCCCCGGAAGACCCGAAACGCGGGAACGAGCGUGAUCGCGUCCUUGAUUACAAGUCAACAUGGAGUCGAAUGCUCAGGGAUUUUCUCUGGAUUUUCUGCGUUAAAAAUCUGUUUUUCCAUGCGAUCGAUGCUUUAAUAAUAUAUCGAAGUGUGCAUCAAAAUGUUCUCUGUAGAUGACAUAGUUUGGGCGAAAUCAUCAGUCGCAAGAGAGAUUUUCUGGCCUGCAAGGGUAGGGAAUUAUUGAAUGUCAGUAUGGUAUAAAUGUCCGAUUUGUUUGAAAGGUUGUAGUGUUUAUAUCGUUCAUAGAUAGUCAUGAUUCAGCAAAGCUUUCGAUACGUAAGCCCAGAUCUUGAUCAGUACAAGGACUUGCGUUUCGAAAGCUUUGCAAAAAUUAUAUCAAUUGUACUUUUGUCGCGAAGUAAACCAACUACGAAGCGCAUGUUUUGAUUUGUACGAUUUUUCGGGUUCACGACGCCAUUUUACCAAGUGCGGCAAAGAGAAUAAACCAACACGUUUUUCUACUGGGACAAGGCAAUGUUUUUAGCAUUGUGUUUUGCCCCACUUGCAAAAUUAUGGCGUUGUGAAUCCAGAAAAGGUAUAUAAUGUGUUGCAAGAAAUCACUGCAAGCCAUAAUUUACAAUCAUCCAGAAUUUGGAGCCAAUUUGACCACUUCACAUAUAUGCUGUCAACGUACAGUGAUUUGUGUUAAAAUCAAAGCUAUGGAUACAGAGGGCACUAGUGCUCAAUGGUUAAUCAGACCAUUGCUGCCCAUGUGUCUAGUUAACCCAUUUAAGUUACAUUGCAUCCUAAUGUGCCUGACUUUAGUAUUCCACUCUGUCUAAUACCAGAUGAUUUUACUCAUCAAGGGGAGAGUGCUGGUGAUAUUCUAAUGAAUUUCAAUUUUUAGGUGAUAGAGUCGGACAGUGAUUUAGAAGAUAUUAAAUACAAAAAGAAUAAACCCACGGUUGCUUGUGUCACAUUUUUAGCCGAAGGCACUUUGUGAGUCUCGAUCUUGUUAUAUUAGUUUGAAACUGUUCUAUAUGUAGUAGCAUAUCAUAGGCUUUUCCUUUUGAGAGAACUUUUAUAAAUAAUAUAUAUAAUAAAAUAAUAAUAACAUAAUAAAAUUAUUAAUAAUAAUAAUAAAAUAAUAAUAAUCCAUUUUACUAUAUGAACCCAUUAAAUUGCACACCCUUAUCCACCCUACUUCAUAAUUCUAUUCUGUCUAAUGCCAGACACUUUUACUCAUCAAGGUGAGAGUGCUGGCACUCAAUGUGUUAAUACUCUAUUAUUGUGCGAACAGGGCUUGAAGUGAACCAGUUCCUAGGGGUGGGGGGGAGGUGGGGGCUACUAGAGAUCACUAAAACUCAGCAUGUCUAGGUAUUAGAAAAAAUGAUGCCAUCAAGAAGUUAAGAGAUGUGUAGUGAUGGUUUUUAUAUGAAUCUGAGAAGGUCUAUUGGUUAAAGAGAGGAGAGGCUACAGAAACGGGCGUUAAGAAUUAUCUAUCCACAUAUACAUUACAGUAGAGCUCUUGAAGUGUCAAGAAUUUCAAUGCUUUUUGAAAGAAGAGAAACAAUUGCAUCUAAGUUUUUUGAUGAGAUCACCAACCACCCACAACAUCGCCUUCAUAACUUACUUCCUGUUAGAAACAUGAAUAAUUACUCUUUGAGGAGCACAAGGAAAUUUGUACGCCCUUUAUGUAAGACCGAGCAUUGUUAAAAUAGUUUUAUUCAAAGCUAUAGUUACAGCUUGUAGACAUUUUAAACUAUUAUACAGAUUAGAUCCAUUGACUAUAUACUAUAUAUUUAUCUAAUUAUCUUUUAGUAAUAGACAUUUCUUAAUUUUAUAAAAUAGAUUUAGCUUAAUAUCACAUUACAUGCAAGACUAAUGUAUUUCAGCUUUAUAUGGCUGCAAACCUAGUCAUUAAAACAUCUAUCUAUCUAUCUAAAGAUUGCUCUGCUAAUCAACAAAAGUUUCUCUUUUGCAGUGAAGCGAUUAAAAAUUCAUCAAAUGUUCAACGUUUCAACUGUGAUAGAAAGGAAGUUUUUCUCAAAAAAGGUCGAAGUAAGUAGCUGGAGUUUAGAAGCAUCUUUCCAUUUUCACAACAUUUUCUCACCUCCACUCAAAAUGUUUAAAAUAUGUCUUAUAUUCCAGAUCUAAAGAAGCAAGGGAAAAGACUACAAUUUGAGUCCGCAGUUAAAGAAGCAGAAAGAUAUGUAAAAUUACAUGGUAAAGUUUAGCAACAGUUUUUUAUUAAUACCUAAUCAAAUAAUGUCUGUUUGCACCUGACAUUGCCUGUGGCAACCCAUUUCACUCGCAUGCAGCUAUUUCAAUACUUAGUUACCUUGGUUCCAUUCUAUGCUCACACCCACACACUUACCUAACUCGAGACAACUUUGUUUGAGAAAUCUUUCCUGUCUGUCUGUGUAAUUUUUGUCAAUUACUUUAAUACUGGCUACCUCAAAAAGUGUAAUCAUUUAGAAAUACAAUAUACAAAUUCUAAAUCUCAUCAGUAUAGGACUAUAGCCUGUGGUUUUCAGUAACACUCUUCUGGAAAGAACAUCACCUUGGCUAUAGGGCCUUGUUUUUGUGAUAGAGAUGUUUCAACUUAUGUCACAUGCACAAAAGCAAGGUUCAUCGUUGGGCAAAAGAAAUUUGGCGAUGGGGGCACAAGAUGUCGGGAAAGAGUGGCUGCCCCCCACCUAAAAAAUUUAGUCAGCCGUACACCUAUGGUUAAGUACUAAAAUAAGUGAACAAUUUAUGUCACACGACUCACACUGAUAGUGAUAACUGUUCCACUUGAAGCGAAACUAUAGACACUUUAAUUUUGGCUAGUAACUCCAGCUAACUAAGGGCCUUUCCUUGAAACGUUGAAAUUCUCCUUAUAUUUUUCAGGUAGUUGCAUCGCUACCAACGAAAGCUUGUUUUAACAUACUUUAAUUUAAACCUUUAAUUUGAAAUGACUUUUUUCAGGAAAACGGAAACGUACCCCAACCAAAUACUUUUACUGUACUCCUGAUACGAAAAAAGAAGCAAGUUCGCCACAAACUCGACGAAGGGUUUCAGUAGCAACAACAUCGAUUGUAAAUAAAACAGAAACGAAACCAAGCCCCCAGGCAAAGACCAAAUGUAGUUUACCAACCAUUUUAGAGGAAUCAGGCGAAAUGUUAGUUAGCAACGUCUCCACGAGCACGGAACAAAACAAAAUAGAUAAUUGUAAAGAAAAAAUUGUGACGAAACGGGGUAGGAAAAGGAAAAACAUUGAACUGGAUUGUGAGAACAAGGAUAAUAAUAUGAGUUUAGUAAGUUCUCGGCACAGGACGAGAGGAAGACCUCGGUCAAAUAGUUUAAAUGAACCGUCUACUAGUAGAACAAGCCAUAAAAUAGAUCCAAAGCUUGAAAAUGGCUGCAAUUCGAGCUUACAGUCAAAUUCAGUGAACAAGGCAACAAUUACGAAAGCUACUUGCGAGAAUUGUUUAGGAAUUGAGUCUACUGACAAUGCAGCUUGUGAAAAGACGAAUAGGAAAAGAUUUAGUUUUAAAAGUAACAUAAAAGAAUGCUUGCGAAAGAAAUUUAAAAGUUCUUCUAAAGGGAAACCAGAGUCUAGUACUGUUUGCAAAACAGACAGUAAAAUUAAGCAGAACGAUAAUUUAGAAACAAUUUCUGAAGAAUGUGAAUCUAAAAGAGACGGAAUGAUGCUUAAAUGGGCUGGGAAUGAAAAUGGAAAUAGCGAAACGGAUGGAAAAGACAGUACGGCGUUUAGAAAAGAAACGAAGAGGCCACGAAUAGCUUUAUGCGAAGACGGAAGAGAAAAUGAGGCGCCAUUACCCAACAACAAGUCCGGAUUAAAGAAACAGAAUUCUUCCCGCCAAAACACGACUAUGGACGGUAGCGAAAGCUCAUUUUCCAAAAACAAUGAAAUUAGGAAAGCAGCUGACAGUAGUACUAAAGCAAAGCAAUCUUUAGACGCUUGUUUGGAAAGUUUAAACGCUCCUUCUUAUAGGAAUGCUAAUGGUUUGGGACAUUCAGAAUUAGACGGCAUUCAACCAAGAGUUAGUUGUGAUGAUAGCGGUCUUGCUUGUGACAAAACAGCAGACAUGCUUCGGUGUAAUGAAAAUGAAAAUAAAUUUGAAAGUUUUGUGGAAAAAGGAGAAAAUGCUGAUGUAAAAGACAAGGAAAGUGAUGAAGAAGGUUUGGAUUUUACAUUUUUACUGUUCCGUCAUUGAAAUGUACAAAAGGUUGCCGCGAAGAACAAAUGACGAAAACUGUUCUGUAUGUGAAGUGCACAGAUCUAUAUAUAUUGACAGUUUUGGUUUUCUCUUGCAGACAACGCGAAAGAUGACUGCAGUUCUGACGACGAGUCUUUGCCAGAAGCUUUCUCUUUUUCGCCCGGUAAGGUGAACACGAUUUGUAUUUCAGGAUUUCUCAGAAUCUUUAUACUUUAUAGAAAUCACCAUUGCUCAUUUUAAAGUCCUAUGAACAACAGUUGAUUGUAACUUUUCAUCCUAUAGUAACACUGGACACCCUUUAUAGCCCAUUUCCACUCAAGAAAAAUUUCCACGGACAGAAAACUCCGAAAAUAUCAUUGUUAAAAGUUGACCGAAAAUUUAUGUGGGCCACCACUGGCUCGCAUUUUACAAUUUUUUCUGCGGAAAAUUUUCCUGAGUGGGCAUUGGCCUGUACUGGACCUCUAAGGAGAUAAGUUUGAAAACGGACAGAGCUGUGUCAGUAAUACUAUAUAAACUUUUUAUUUUAAGGUACGAAGACAAAUUUUCGGCCUGGUGACGUCGUUUGGGUUAAACACCAGAAAGAUCCGUUUUGGCCUGCACAGGUUUGAACUCCACAAUGUUUGGCCUGAUAUUUAGUAUUGCGUUCUAUUCAUGAUUUUCAGAGAGAAAUUGACGCAGGUUUUCUUUAUGUUAUUGUUUAAGAUUAACAGAGAAGCAAGUAGCAACAAAAAGACUCAUGUCUACGUGAAAUUUCUGCCUAAAUCUGACCGCAGAGGGUAGGUGAAAAUAUCGUGAGAAUGUUUUGCUAGCAAUGUUUUGUUAUCCCUUGCACGUUAAUCGCAAGUCCGUUGUUUUAGUAUCAAAGUUCCCAAGAAGAAUGUCAAGUUGUUUACUGAAGAUCAUGAAACCUUUCUACGUUACAAGGUUAGGGAUUUGUCAAUGAAAUACAAUAAAAUGGACAUCAUAAAACAAUAGAAUACCAUAGAACACGACAGAAUGGAAUACAAUAGAUUAGGAUAGAUUAGAAUAGAAUAUAAUACAAUGCAAUAGAAUACAAUGCAAUAGAAUACAAUACAAUACAGUCUUAAGUACAAUAGCUAUAAGUCGCCUUAACAAUUUCAGAAUCAAGAAGUAGACCCGUCCUCUCUCAAAGAAUUCAAUGAAGCCGUAGAGCAAGGGGAAAAAAUUCUAGUGAGACGUGGUAAGUGUAUCGUUGAGUAAGACCAGAAUUCCUCGCGAGCUUGAUAGCCUUGUAACGUCAUUAUGCAUAAGGUCCAUUGUCAGUCUGUCAUCUUACUGUGCUAUAAUAUUUUAGUAUUUCCAGACCAAGUUUCUGAUGUCAGUGACGACGAUGGGCUACCAUCGCCAAGCAACGAUAAACAGGAUAAACCAGUUGUUGAAGCAGACAAACCGGCUGAUGAAAAACCAGAAGAUGGCGAAAGCGGAUUUGAUAGCUCGGAGACAGAAAAUUUGGAAGUGGCGGGAAAUGGCCGAACUCCGAGGAAAAGAAAGUGAGGAAAUAGAUAUAAGUCAAGAAAUGUACCUCAAUAAAUGUACCUUAUCAAAGCAGUUUAAACGAGUGUAAAGCAUGCAAGAACAUAAUUAUAUUAUCUUGAGUUGUUUUUCAAAUUGCACCGUAUUAGUUGCAGCUUGUGACAUUAUUAUCUAUUCAAAUAUCAUUUUAGGCAAGUAACGCGAUAUAGCAAUAUAUUGAAAGAGCUUCACUGGUGUAAGGUUAGUAUGUACUACUUAAAACACAAGCAGGAGUGUUUUAAAUGGCUUAAAAAACGACCCAUCUGAUGAGUUCAUUGGCGGAGUACAGUAAUUUUAAAAAUAAGCGUUUUCUAAGCCGAGAAAAUCAAAGCUAAAGUUUAUGCAAAUAACAUGAUUUUUAUCCUUUGUCUUUUCCUUAUGAGUUAUUAAUGAUUUUUUAAAAUAAUAUUUGUGAAACUCGUUAAAAUUCAUGAAGAAAACGCAAAAGAAAUCAUGAGCGUGAAGGAGUUUGUAUAUCUGAUACAAAAUCAAUGCUGAUUUACGUAAACUUUAAGUUUAAUUUUCAUAAACUUCAAGUUUAAUUGUUGAAGAAUACGAAUGUUCUCAUCGAGACGUUUCACAAGCUAUAUAAAGCAUUCACGUCCGAGUUGUAUCAGAUUAAUAUGAUUUUUUUGAAAGUUCUGAGUUGUCACAAAGUACUAAAUUAUUAUUAAUCUUUGACCUAUAUUUUGCUGCAGCAAAGACUGUUGGAUAUUUAUCGAGAGAAGUUUGCUUCAACCCGUCAUAAAACGUUCAAAUAUGGCACAGUCACUGAGAAAAACAGUUUAAAACACAGAGCAGGUUUUGGUCCUAUACAAGACGAGGAAACUGUAAGCUUUCUCGAAUUAAUUGUUUUAACUACCUGAAAAAGAUCGUCUGAAAAAGAGCGUUAUAGACAUGCAGAGUGAAAUAAUAAAGUAUGCCGGUUGUCCGAAAGCUUUAUAGCCACGCCACGGUUUUAUAGCAUUUGAUUAGAAAAGCACAUUGGGCUAAGCGUUCUGUAUCUGAGGGAUGAAAUGCUAAUGUCUUCUUACACUAAUUAUUUCUGUAGUGUGAGGCAAUCAUAAAGUUACUGAAAUCUUGGUAUGACGUAGAAACGAAAGACUUUUCUGUAACAAUUGAUUAUAUCUGUGAUGUUUGGUUACCAGAGGUUUGUUGCAUGGUUAUUGCUUUAUUUGUGGUUCACGUAGUGUGUGCAGCUUUUAACUAAACUAAUUUUGUAACUUUUUGUUAACAUUGGAUAAUUCUUUCGGGUCUAAACUUUUCUUCCUAGAGAUCCAGUAAAGAGGGAUGGUGUGCCUUUCUAUUCGUUCAGUGUUACUACAUGCAGGAGGAAACUUCACCAAACUAACUUUAUUUAUACUGGCUAGCUCUAUAAGUUCUAAACUGUUCUCCCUAGAAAUCCAGAAAAGAUCAUCUCUUAUUGAUCCAGUGUUACAACAGGAGGAAACCUCAACCAAACUAACUUUAUUUAUACUGGAUAGCUCAAUCAGUUCUAAACUGUUGUACCUGCAUGGUAUUUUUCAGGCGAUGAUAUACUACAUUCAAAUCAACGACAGUCUGUCAGCUGAAGCAGCUGAGAAGAUGUACUUGGAUCAGGCAAGGCAUGUAGACAAGCAAGAUGUCGAAGAAACCAGAAGUUGGCUGAAGAACAAGAAAAUUGAUAAAGCCACUAUGGAGGAAACUAUUGAGAGAGCAAAACAGAAAUUACUUUAUGCGCUUUCAACUUGAACUUGGAAGGGAAUAGUUUAAUUGUUUGGUUUGGCUUCAGAUGGUAAUGAACUUGCAGAGAUGUUGACACUUGUUAUAUUUACCACCAACAAAAUGAAAGUCGAUUUCUCAAUUUUCAAAGUUGACACCAAAUGGAAGUGAUGGAAUUGAGAGAUGCAUGCUUACUCUCGUGCUUUUAUAAAUUUCAACAUUUCCGUAGUUGGAAUCGCAAAUAUCAGAACUGGAAUCCCAUGCAGCGUGUGAAAAUAUUUUAUGGCUUAUAUUAAGCCAUUGGCGAAGCUAACCAUAGCAACAGGUCAUGCUAUGCACAUAUUUAACUAUUUGUAUUACCCAAACCUUUAGAAAUGUGUCGUCUUUAACCUAUAUAAAUGCAGGUUUUUUAGCAUAGCAUGACCAGUUGCAAUGACUGGCUCGCCACUGUAUUAAGCUUUUCGUUGAUGACAUAUUUUUGCCGCCACGUACGAAAAAUCUUAAUGAUAAACCAAGCUUCGUAGAUGACGAAGGAUAAUAGACUUUUGUGUUAUAUGAACAGAUUUAAAGUUUAUAUGCUUGAGGGUUUUUCCUCUCCCCCAAGUAAAUGUGCCAACUGAAAUGUUAACAAAUACUUUUUUAUUAAUAUAUUUUUUUGUCUUCACCUCACUUGGUGUAGGUUAAUUAGUUUUGAAUAUCUUUGUUCAGAUGUAUUGGUUUAGUAACUUUAGUUUUGGUGUAAACGUGUCGCAAACGAAAGAUUUUUUUGACCCGCCCCGCCCGAAUAGCUGGGCUAGACCGCCUCAUAUCAAUCU